ACGUUUUAUGCACAAGAGCACUGACAAAACUAGACAAAACUAGGGUUGGGUUGUCUUCAUUUCCUCCUUUUGCUUCAUGGGUUUUUGUUGAAUUUUUAGUAUCUUCACUUUGUUGGCACUGAAUGAAUUAUAGAUUUCAACUUUGGCUCUGAAGGAAAACUGAAUUUAGUGAACUCGGCUCUAAUUAUCUAUUGUCAAGUUGUGAUUCGCUUAGGUAUUAGCACGAGGAAGAGACAGUGAUGGUAUUGGACUUGGGGGUUGGUGUAAGUGUACGGACCGUUUAACUUCUGCUGCGAAUGGCUACUGGAGGAAAGAGUAAUGAAGAAAUUGAUUAUAAAAGUAGAAUCGGGAUUUUGGAUCAGAAUCUUGAUCAACCCAUGGACGCAGAAGCUGAGAAGCUUACGAACAAGUACGAGGAUGAGAAAUUCUCUCGAUUACUGCUUAUGCAGCUUGCUUUCCAAAGCCUUGGAGUGGUCUAUGGAGAUUUAGGCACGUCUCCUUUGUAUGUCUUCUACAAUACGUUUCCAAAUGGAAUUGAAGAUCCAGAGGAUUUAAUUGGAGCUCUAUCAUUGAUCAUAUAUUCCCUUACUCUUAUCCCGCUCCUGAAGUAUGUUUUCAUUGUUUGUAGAGCAAAUGACAAUGGCCAAGGUGGGACAUUUGCUCUUUAUUCACUACUAUGUCGACAUGCAAAUGUGAAGACUAUUCAUAAUCAAGAUCGUACAGAUGAGCAGCUAACUACUUAUAGUCGUGCCACAUUCCAUGAGAAUUCUUUUGCUGGAAAGACCAAGAGAUGGUUGGAGGAACAUACCUUCAGGAAGAAUGCGCUUCUUGUUCUUGUUCUUGUUGGCUCUUCCAUGGUAAUUGGUGAUGGGAUUCUUACACCAGCUAUAUCAGUGCUGUCUGCUGUUCAAGGAAUCAAGUUAGAGCACCCCAAGAUGAGUAGUGAUGUGGUUGUGCUUGUUGCUGUUGUCAUAUUAGUAGGCUUGUUCAGCAUGCAACACCAUGGUGUGGAUAGGGUUAGUUGGCUCUUUGCACCAAUUGUGCUCCUUUGGUUUCUCUUGAUUGGAGGGAUUGGCUUAUUCAACAUUUGGAAAUAUGAUACGGGUGUUCUGAAAGCCAUUUCACCAGUGUACAUAUAUCGUUAUUUCAGAAGGGGAGGGAGAGACAGUUGGCUGUCCCUCGGAGGUAUCAUGCUUAGCAUAACAGGAACUGAGGCCCUCUUUGCAGACCUAUCUCAUUUUCCUGUACCGUCUAUACAGAUUGCUUUCACAACAGUUGUUUUUCCCUGCCUACUUCUUGCCUAUUCUGGACAAGCUGCCUACCUCACGAAGAACACAAGUCAUGUAGUUGAUGCAUUUUACAGCUCUAUUCCAGAUAGCAUUUAUUGGCCAGUACUUCUAGUUGCAACUGCAGCUGCUGUUGUUGCAAGCCAAGCCACCAUAUGUGCAACUUUUUCAUUAAUCAAGCAGGCCCUUGCACUUGGUUGUUUUCCCAGAGUUAAAAUUGUACAUACAUCAAAAAGGUUUCUAAGCCACAUAUAUAUUCCAGACAUUAAUUGGAUCCUUAUGAUUCUCUGUGUUGGUGUGACAGCUGGUUUUAAGAAUCAAAGCCAAAUUGGAAAUGCUUCUGGGACUGCAGUCGUCAUAGUCAUGCUGGUGACCACAUUGCUUAUGAUUCUAGUCAUGCUAUUAAUAUGGCGUUGCCAUUGGGUUCUUGUCCUGAUAUUCACGGGUUUAUCACUGGUAGUGGAGGGUACUUACUUUUCUUCUGUGCUCUGUAAGGUCAAUCAAGGUGGUUGGGUUCCUCUUGUGAUCGCCUUAGCAUUUUUUAUCAUCAUGUAUGUGUGGCAUUAUGGUACCAAGAAACGUUACGAGUUUGAGGUGCACAGUAAGGUUUCAAUGGCAUGGAUUCUUGGGCUUGGUCCCAGUUUAGGACUAGUUCGUGUCCCUGGAAUCGGACUUGUAUACACUGAACUAGCAAGAGGAGUGCCACGCAUUUUUUCCCAUUUCAUCACAAACCUGCCUGCCAUCCAUUCAAUAGUUGUUUUUGUCUGUGUGAAGUUCCUUCCUGUCCACACAGUUCCUGAAGGAGAGAGAUUCCUUGUAAAGCGAAUAGGACCCAUUAAUUUCCGUAUGUUCCGUUGUGUUGUAAGAUAUGGGUAUAAAGACCUCCAUAAAAGAGAUGAAAGUUUUGAGAAAACACUCUUUGAAGGUCUCUACACAUUUGUCCGAAUUGAGUCCUUGAUGGACGGGUGUUCAGACUCAGACGACUACAGUAUAUGUGACCAGGAAACUGAGCAGCCAAAUGAUGUUCCUCUGAAUCACUCCAGCAACACAAUGCCAUUGAACAUGGAUGGAACGAUUUCAUCAGGAGAUUCAAUCGUGUCUCUUAAUGGCCAUCUGCAUAAUAACACUGCCAUCGCAUCAUCUGGUCUUCUAAGCAACCCAGCUGAGGUAAAUGAGUUAGAAUUUUUGGGUGUCUGUAGAGAUGCCGGUGUUGUGCACAUACUGGGGAAUACAGAGAUUCUGGCACGCAGGGAUUCAAAGUUCUAUAAGAAAAUAGCAAUCGAUCAUAUAUAUGCUUUUCUUAGGAAGAUAUGCAGACAGAACAGUGCAGCUCUCAAUGUUCCACAUGAAAGUCUCUUAAAUGUAGGACAAAUCAUUCAUGUAUAGCCAUUUGGUAGGGUAGUAAAAGAAGAGUGAGUCAUGUUUGCUGUCUUCAACUGGAAUUGUUUUCUUGGAGCAUAAAUGUUUUACCCAAAUUUGUUCUUUCCUUGGGCGGGAGCCAUUUGAAGGUGACUUGCAACUUUAACACGCGUUGACACUAGCUUCCAUGAUUCCA